AAUUCUCUAUACACACAAUAUCACUCUCUAUGCACAUAAUAUCUAUCAGCUUACGACAGUUGACUACAUAGAUUCUACCAAAAUAUUGAGGUGAUUGGACAUUUGUAGCAUAGCACAAUUUGCAUCAAGCUUUCCCUCAUAUGUAUACUUAUCUAGUAAUUGAUAAAUCAUAUGCUAAUUUGGGCUUUCGUAUACGUUUGAUAAAGUUAUGAGUUCAGAAAGUGAGGAUGGAGUCAGGGACGAUCGCAGAAUACGUAAAGUGCCCAAAGUUCUGCAAUUAAACAGACUCGACGAAGUGGAUUACUACACUCCUAAGUUAGUUUCCUUUGGGCCUUAUUACCAUGGUUUGGAAGAACUUCGCGUGGGAGAGGAAUUGAAGCAUGAAGUCUUUACAAAGUUUUUUUCAAGCAGGGGCAAAGACAAAGAAUUCUUCCUCCGUGAGAUCUUUAAAGUCAUCGACCGGAUUAGAGAUUAUUGUUACGUUGGAGUUUCUAAAAAUGAAUAUGAUGAUCAAGCACUAGCAGAAAUGAUGCUUCUAGAUACAUGUUUCGCAAUAUAUCUUAUGACGCUUGCCUUGGGACAUGAAGAAAGAAUGAUCCACCUCUAUAAUUAUGUAGGACUACAUGGAUUAACAUUGGUAUUUCGGGAUAUUUAUUUACUCGAGAAUCAAAUUCCACUUUGGUUUAUUAAGUUUUUGUAUGGAAUACAAUACGGAAACACAGAAGAAGGAUGGGCGUUAAUUUGUGAUUUCUCAAUUCACAUAUCUGCUAAGGAUAGCAGGCUAAAAAGAAUUCUUAGACAAGGUGAAAAGCAACCAUUUCACCUUCUGGAUGCUUUUUAUCGACUUCUUGUCCUUGAAUUGGAAAAUCCAAAUGAAUUCGUCGCUGCUACUCAUCGUGACCUGGAAUUGGAUAGUGCAGGAAAAAGGCCUGUUAAAAAAUGUCAAUGGUGGCCACGGAGGAAACAAAAUCCCAAUGAAUUUGAGAACCCCAAACUCAAUUGUCAAUCUCGUUCAGUCACUGAUCUCAAAGCAAAAGGCAUCCACUUCAAACCUAGUUCAGAUUGUUUGAAGGAUAUUAAGUUCAAAUCCUACACAUUUUAUGGGCAACUUCAACUCCCAGUUUAUUUAUUUACUGUCCAUUCCAAGGUACUCUUUACACACAUGAUUGCAUUUGAAAUGACUCCAGAAAGCGGUGUUGAAUUGACUGUAACAUUUUAUGUUAGUUUCUUGAAAUCGCUCAUUGUUAAAUCUGAAGAUGUGAAGGAACUGCGAGAAAAGAAGAUACUCUUCAGCUCCCUCGACUAUGAUGAACAAAUUGUGGAAGCAAUCAAAGAGAUCGAUAUUGGGGGAUAUGGGAUGGACCUUAUGUUUGAUGAUGUGAGGAGGGCAAUUGAGAAUCACUGCAGCAGCAGGUCAAAAACAUGGAUUGCUGAACUAAUUUACACUUAUUUUCGCAAUCCAUGGACUGUUACUUCCUUACUUGCUGCCACUUUUCUUCUUUGCUUAACUUUUCUCCAGACCUAUUACACAAUGAAUCCCAAGUAAAGGUGUGUGUCAAAUUCUGUUCUUCAAGUUUUAGUUGAAAUGGGUUUAGACUCAUGCAAAUAAGAGUGGUUUGAUGCUUUUGAAUUCAUUGUAUUAAUCUAUGUUUGUAUUAUUGGAAUCCAAAUCAAUAAAAUAGUGUUAUAACAAA